AGGAAGAACCUCCCCCCAUCAGUAACUAGUCGUCGUCUUUUCCUCUCCCUUGCCACUCGGGAAGAGAUCGAGAGGAAGGAGGGUCUGAGAUUCCUCCUCCUCCUCCUCCUUCUUUUCCUUUGUUUGAUUGAAGUUAAAGCAUGGCCAGAAUCGCUAUCUGUUCUUUCAAUCCCUCGCCCUCCUUGUCUCCCGCGGCACCCAACCCGUCGAGGCGCCUCCCCUUGGUGCCGCUACCCCUCCGGCUCAAAUUCUCCCGGAACCGGAUCGGCGGUCGCCGUCCCCUCGCCGCGGUGGUCGCCCGCUACGGCGGCGGCGGUGGGUACCGCCCUGGCCCAUCCCGGAGGCGCCCGAGAGAUGGCCGCGCCGCCGCAGAUCCCGACUACGACCCUGCCCUCGACCUUGACAGGAUCAAGUCAUCUUCUGUAAGGUUAUUAGACGAGCAACAAAAUAUGCUUGGUGUAGUGUCAAUAGAUGAAGCCGUAAGAAUGGCAGAUGAUGCUGAUCUAAUUCUGGCAAUUUUGUCCAUAGAUGCAGACCCUCCUGUGCUUCGCCUCUUUGAGAGUACAGAUUACAAAAAACACAAGUACGAGCAGCAAAAGAAGAAACGAGUGCAACAAAAGAGAUCUGCCGCAAACCGCAUGGACAUUAAGGAACUUAAAAUGGGGUACAACAUUGACUCUCAUGAUUACUCUGUGCGGUUAAAAGCUGCUCAGAAGUUCCUUAAAGAUGGAGAUAAGGUUAAGGUCAUUGUUCACUUGAAAGGCCGGGAAAAUGAGUUCAGGAAUAUUGCUAUCGAACUUCUUCAGCGUUUUCAGAGUGACAUUGGGGAGCUGGCAACUGAGGAGAGUAAAAACUUCAGCGAAAGAAACAUCUUCAUGGUUCUCAUGCCCAACAAAGCAGUUCUGCAAAAAAACCAGGAACAGCCAAAGAAAAAGGAAAAACCAGUUACAGAAGUUUCUGCAAGUGUUUAGCUUUGUGAGAGUGUCUUGGAAUCAUGGCAAGAGGUUUCAUGGGGCAGGCUGAGGUGAUUGCUCAACUACUUAAUGUAAAUAUCAAAGCAGUGGAUGAUAGAAUCGGAUGGUAAAACUGAUCUUGUCACCGUGGCCACAAGAUCAUUUUUCAUAUUAUUAUUGUGGAAAUAAUUCCCAGGUAAUGGUUCUGAUUGCUGUUUUCAUCUUUUCCAUCCACAGUCUGCCUUGAAGAUUUAUAGCUUCUAAUUAUGGGCCGUAGAGUUUUGUUUAGUAUAGUAGAGAAUGCAUUGUGGCAAGUAACAAGCAAAUCUUUUUGUAUGAGUCAGCAUGUGGAUACUAAUUAUCUUAGUUUAUGAAGAGGCCAUGAUAAUUAUCAAUU